AUGCUGGAGCUACUGACGUCCAAGAUCUAUGGGGCACCGGCGUAUAUGGUGGUGCCUUUUAUUGCUCUCUCAGUAUUGUAUGUCGUGCUGGUUAUUCGCUUUAUUCUUCACAUGCGGGGUCUUAAUGUGAGCUUCACGGGCAAGAAGAAAAAAAUCGCACUAUUGUUGGGUCCACGUCAUGCUGGCAAGACGAGGUUUUUUCAUCUUAUCCGUGACGGAGAACACGUUGAUACGGUCAGUUCUAUGAAGGAAUUGACUUGUCGCUUUAUUGUGCACUCCAAGUACAAUUUGGACAAGUUUAAUGCUGAACUUACAGUUGUCGACUAUCCCGGUCAUGAACGUCUUCGCUCACGGGUAGUGGAUUUCUAUCCCAUGACGGGAACUAUCGUCUUCUUUGUGGAUGCCAGCGACAUGCCGUCGUUUCGUAAAGCUGCCGAGUUCCUACAUGACAUUUUUGCAAACAAGAAGGUGAAUGACCAGACGCCUCCAAUCAUGGUGGUCUGCAAUAAGAGCGAUAUUUCUGGAGCUGCCAGCCCGCAGAUGGUGCGUGACGCAUUGGAGAAAGAAUUGACUCAGUUGAAGACGACGCGCUCGUCCUUGGAGACCGAGGGCGAUGAUGACGAGCAGGACUUGUCUCAAGUACCUGUCGGACGUGAUGGAGCUCCGUUCCAGUUCGAUGUGGACGCGCCGUGCGAGAUCUCAUUUGUCAAGUGCAGUGUCAAGGACGCAGAUAUUCAUGAUGUUGUGCGCUUUAUUCAGCAACAUUAG